GCUUGACCACAACAUGGCUGCGGCGCCGGGGCUGCUCUUCUGGCUGCUCGUGGUCGGGGCGCCCUGGCGGGUGCCGGGCCAGCAGGACCCGGGCGCCGGCCGGCGCUUCUCAGAGCACAAACUCUGCGCGGACGACGAAUGCAGCAUGUUAAUGUACCGGGGUGAGGCUCUAGAAGAUUUCACAGGUCCGGAUUGUCGUUUUGUGAAUUUUAAAAAAGGUGACUCUGUGUAUGUCUACUAUAAACUGGCAGGGAGAUGGCCAGAAGUUUGGGCUGGAAGUGUUGGGCGUAUUUUUGGAUAUUUUCCAAAGGAUUUAAUCCAGGUAGUCCAUGAGUAUACCAAAGAAGAGCUACAAAUUCCAACAGAUGAAACAGAUUUUGUCUGUUUUGAUGGAGGAAGAGAUGAUUUUGAUAAUUAUAAUGUAGCAGAUCUUUUAGGGUUUUUGGAAUUGUAUGAUUCUGCAACUGGAAACUCUGAGAAAGCUGUAGAAAAAACUUCUCAGCAUGUGGAUCAACUUCCUGAAGUAUCUAAGGAAAGUGAGCCUGAACCAGUAGAAGUCAGCUCAGAGGAAAAUGAAAGUGUGUUCUCAGAAAACACUAAAGAUCUCAAGGAACAAUUUAUGACUCAGAAGAACCACCCCCACACAAACAGCCAAGCAGAUGACGCUCAGGGAGAGCAUUCUUCAUUUGAACCUUUUAAAGAAGUGCUGCAAGAGAAAUUACAAGUGCCAGAAAAUGAGAACAACAAAACUAACAAUAGUUCUCAGGUUUCAAAGGAGCAGGAAAAGAUGGAUGCUUAUAAACUGUUGAAAAAAGAAAUGACCCUGGACUUGAAAACCAAAUUUGGCUCAACUGCUGAUGCACUUGUAUCUGAUGAUGAGACAACCAGCCUCGUUACCUCAUUAGAGGAUGAUUUUGAUGAGGAAUUGGAAGCUGAGUAUUACGAAGUCAAGAAGGAGGAAGAGGAGAAUCUAGAAGACUUUGAUGAGCUGCCAUUACUAACCUUCAAAAGUGGAGAAGAUACGGAAACUGCAGUAAAAUCUGGAGUUGAGAAAUAUUCUACAGACAAAGAGCAGAAUACAAAUAAAGAGGAUAAGGUUGAAGGAGCUGUGCCCUCUGGCAUCAAAAAGGAAGAUAUGGAUAUUCUAACAAGCUGGGGGGAUACUAUCUUUUCUAUUGUCACUGGAGGUGAAGAAAAAACAGGUGUGAUGGAUUUAGAGAGUUCUGAUUCAGAGGAAGAAAAAGAUGAUGAUGUUUCCUUGGUUCCAGGUACCGAACAGGGGAAACCACAAUCAGCAACAGAAUACACUGACCCUGAACAUGUGGAAGACAGUCUUCUGAUUGUAGAAGUCCCUAAAACAAGUAAUGACAAAGGCUCAGAAGUGGGCACUGAACUUGACAUUAAAGGAAAAGGGAGGCAGGAAUCUGAGAGGGGCCUGGUACAAGAUGAGAUCGAGUUAGAGGAUGAAAAGCCGGAAGGGGUGACCGUGCACAGUUCUACGCAAAGCAAUAAUCUCAACUCCUUGCCAGCUGCUGAAAAGGGUAAAGACAUAUUACAGUCAGCUUCUGAUGACAAAGACAAUGACCUAGAAGGUGCAGCUGUUCAUAUCUCCAAAGGAAUGCUCCCCGAAAAAAAGCCCGGAGAGAUUUUCGAAGGUGGCUCAGGGAGCGACUCUGUGCAUAAAGCUGUGGGGAGUCAGAUGAAUGCAAAGAAGAUUGAACAGGAGUCCUUGGGUCUCGUACCACUCGUAGGAGAUGAUCAGCAUAAUGUGUCCAGAAACAGUGUGGAGGAAGCAGAUGUUGUGUUAAAUGGACCGAAACCACACACACUUUCAGUGGAGCAUCAGCGUGAGGAAUUUAAAGAGGAUGUAGUUCUUAAAACUCACAAUCAACCAAGAUUCUCCUCCCCAGGUGAAAUUCGUUUGCCCAGAGAACUAGAAGAAGAGGUUCCCAUUCCGGGAAGAAAUCUUUCAUGGUCACCAGAAAGAGACAUGGCUGUGGCAGUCCCUAAGCCCUUGAGUGAGAUGAAGAGGCUUUCUGAGGAAGAGGUGGGAGACGACUCCACUAUGGAAGAGUCUGUGCAUCACAAGGCCGUGCGGGGCACACAGGAGCCAGGAGAAGCAGGCCAAGCUGCUGGGGUGGGAGGGCCAGGCUUCUACGCUGAAAAGCCAGAAGCAGAGGAGGAGGAUUAUCUCCCUGAAGAACUGCUGGAGGAUGAAAACGCUCAAAGUGCAAAACAAGCUAAAGACAGAAACCCUGGGGUUCAGGACAGGCAGUUAGAAGUUAAUCUGCAAGUCCCUGAAACAGCAUUUUUAGGGACCACUGAUGCUGAUCCAGAAAUCGAUGAAAACAAGCAAGAAGCUAAUAUGUUGGGUCGAGAAAACAAAAAUGAAACUGCAGGCGAAGGCAUUGACACGGUAGGCGGGGAACCAGCUGGGAUGGCGGUAGAAAAGGACGAUCACCCCCUGGUAGAUGAGAAAGCACAGAUGCCGUCUGACACGAGUGACUUUCCUGACCAGGUGAAAACUUGGACUCCAGAGUUAGGUGAAGUGUUUCAGAAGAAUGAUCCUGAUUAUCUGAAACGAGAGACCCCUGAGGAACGUCUGAAGACCCCAGAGCUUGCAGAGAAGCCUGGGGGAGAAGAACCCUCCAAAGAGGACCAUGAGGACAUAGAAAAAUUCUUGGACACUGAAAGCCAGGGAUCUGCUUCUGAAGAACUUGAUGAUGACCCAUUCCACUGGGCUCCACAUACAACUGUAGAGCCCAAGCACAGAGACAAGAGGGAGGACUUGCCUAUAAUAAAUACCUUCUUUAAAGAGCAGCAGUCUCUGCAGCGAUUCCAGAAGUACUUUGAUGUCCACGAGCUGGAAGCCAUGCUCCAAGAAAUGUCAUUAAAGCUGAAGUCAGCACAGCGGGAGAGCCUGCCCUACAACGUGGAAAAAGUCCUAGAUAAAGUCUUCCGUGCUUCUGAGUCACAGAUUUUGAGCAUAGCAGAGCAAAUGCUCGAUGCUCGUGUGACCAAAAGUAGAGAGCAGGGGAUGAAGGAAAGUAAUGUGUUUGAAGAGGCUGCAGUGCUAGAUGACGUUCAAGACCUGAUCUAUUUUGUCAGGUACAGGCACUCCACAGAAGAGGAGACAGCCCCACUGGUGGUGGCACCACCUCUCCAGGAAGGCUGGGGUAAACCUGGGGAAGAGAUGAAGCCACCCCAUGAAGAUAAUUUCUCUCAAGAGAAUGUGGACGAACUUCAUAUGCAGGUUCCUGAAGAGCACGCCUCCUUGGACCAGCUCCUGACGGGGGACGUGGGGGCCGCAGAAGUGUCACAGACGUUGAAUACUGAGAAAGACUUGGACCCAGGGGUGAUUACAACAGAAGGCACUCCUGCCAAUGCUGUUGAUGCGAAAAAGCAACUGGAGAUAGAUGCUGAAGAGACAGCAGUGGUUACACCGUUGGAAAAUGCAGUCUUUCUAGUAUAUUCAUUCCUGUUUUAUUUAACUAAAUCGCCGGGUUCUGUCCCGAAGAGGAAACGGCGACAGACAGUGGUAUCCAGUGCCAUUCCGCAGGGAAGCGUCGCCUCCCCACUCAGCUGGCCCUACACAAUGGACUCUGUACCUGCCACAGUGCCUUCUAUCACCGCUGCCUCGGGGGACCCGGAGCUUCUGGGACCCCUGUCCGUUCUCUAUGCAGCGUUUAUAGCCAAGCUGCUGGAGUUAGUUGCUACAUUGACUGAUGAUGUUCAGCCUGGGCCUGAUUUUUAUGGACUGCCAUGGAAACCCGUACUUAUCACUGCCUUCUUGGGAAUUGCUUCAUUUGCCGUUUUCUUCUGUAGAACUGUCCUUGUUGUAAAGAAUAGAGUAUAUCAAGUCACCGAACAGCAAAUUUCUGAGAAGUUAAAGGCCAUCAUGAAAGAAAAUGCAGACCUUGUUCAAAAAUUGUCAAACUAUGAACAGAAGAUAAAGGAAUCAAAGAAACAUGUUCAGGAAACCAAGAAACAAAAUAUGAUUCUCUCUGAUGAAGCAAUUAAAUUUAAGGAUAAAAUCAAGAAACUUGAAGAAACUAAUGAAUCUCUGGAUGACACAGCUAAAAGUCUCCGUAUUAUGUUAGAAUCUGAGAGAGAACAGAAUGUCAGGAAUCAGGACUUGAUAUUGGAAAAUAAGAAAUCUAUAGAGAAGUUAAAGGAUGUUAUUUCAAUGAAUGCCUCAGAAUUCUCAGAGGUUCAAAUUGCGCUUAAUGAAGCUAAGCUUAGUGAAGAGAAAGUGAAGUCUGAAUGUCAUCGGGUCCAAGAAGAAAAUGCUAGGCUUAAAAAGAAGAAAGAGCAGUUGCAGCAAGAAAUUGAAGAUUGGAGUAAGUCACAUGCUGAGCUCAGUGAGCAAAUCAAAUCAUUUGAGGAGUCUCAGAAAGAUUUGCAAGUAGCUCUUACUCAUAAAGAUGAUAAUAUUGAUGCUUUGACUAAUUGUAUUACACAGUUGAAUCGGUUAGAAUGUGAAUCUGAAUCUGAGGGCCAAAAUAAAGGAGAAAAUGAGUCAGAUGAAUUAGCAAAUGGAGAAGUAGGAGGUAACCGGAAGGAGAAGAUGAAAAAUCAAAUUAAGCAGAUGAUGGACGUCUCUCGGACACAAACCGCAAUAUCAGUGGUUGAAGAGGAUCUAAAACUUUUACAGUUCAAGCUAAGAGCCUCAAUGUCCACUAAAUGUAACCUGGAAGACCAAAUAAAAAACUUAGAAGAUGACCGCAGUUCACUGCAGGCGGCUAAAGCUAGACUGGAAGACGAGUGCGUAACCUUACGGCAGAAAGUGGAGAUUCUGAACGAACUCUAUCAGCAGAAGGAGAUGGCUCUGCAAAAGAAAUUGAGUCAAGAAGAAUAUGAGCGGCAAGAAAGAGAACAGAAGCUGUCAGCUGCAGAUGAAAAGGCGGUGUUGGCUGCAGAGGAAGUAAAAACUUACAAGCGGAGAAUUGAAGAAAUGGAAGAUGAGUUACAGAAAACAGAGCGCUCAUUUAAAAACCAGAUUGCUACUCAUGAGAAGAAAGCUCAUGAUAACUGGCUCAAAGCUCGUGCUGCAGAAAGAGCUAUAGCUGAAGAGAAAAGGGAAGCUGCCAACUUGAGACACAAAAUAUUGGAAUUAACGCAGAAAAUAGCAAUGCUGCAAGAAGAACCUGUGAUUGUAAAACCAAUGCCAGGAAGGCCAAAUACACAGAACCCUCCACGGAGAGGUGCUCUGAGCCAGAACGGCUCCUUUGGCCCAUCCCCUGUAAGUGGUGGAGAAUGCUCCCCUCCACUGACAGUGGAGCCACCUGUGCGACCACUCUCUGCUACUCUCAAUCGAAGAGAUAUACCUAGAAGUGAAUUCGGGUCAGUGGAAGGGCCUCUACCUCGUCCUCGAUGGCCAUCUGAGGCAUCAGGGAAACCGUCUGCCUCUGAUCCAGGAUCUGGUACAGCUGCCAUGAUGAAUAGCAGCUCAAGAAACUCUUCCCCUACUAAGGUGAUGGAUGAGAGCAAGCAAACUGUUCUCCAAGAGCCUGAAGGCCCUUCAGUUCCCGGCAGUACAUCUUUGGCUGAGCAUCCAGUAGCAGUAGCAGUUAAUAUGACUACAAAAGGGCCCCCUCCUUUCCCAGGGGUGCCUCUCAUGAGCCCCCCUAUAGGAGGAGGCCCUCUACCACCACCCAUUCGAUAUGGACCACCUCCUCAGCUCUGUGGGCCUUUUGGGCCUCGGCCACUUCCUCCACCAUUUGGUCCUGGAAUGCGUCCACCACUAGGCUUAAGAGAAUAUGCACCAGGUGUUCCACCUGGAAAACGGGACCUGCCUCUUGAUCCUCGGGAAUUUUUACCAGGACACGCACCAUUUAGACCUUUAGGUUCUCUUGGCCCAAGGGAGUACUUUAUUCCCAGUACCCGAUUACCACCCCCAGCCCAUGGGCCCCAGGACUACCCACCAUCACCUGCUGCAAGAGACUUACCGCCUUCAGGCUCUAGUGAGCCACCAUCUGCCUCUCAGAGCAGUAACCAGGACUGUUCACAGGCUUUAAAACAGAGCCCGUAACUAUGACCUCUGAUAUUUAGUUGGAGAGAAAGUGGACUGUGUAGUCACUAUUCAUUACAGUAAAGGAUUUCAUUGGCUUCAAAAUCCAAAAGUUUAUUUUAAAAGUUUUGUUUGUUGGGACUAAGCUGCUUUGGCAGUAUGCAUUUUUGAGCCAAACAAUUAAAAAAUAUCAUUUUCCCCUUAAAUAAAAAUCACCUCUUAAGCUAGUGUGUCUUUAUAACUUUGAAAUGUGCAAUAAAGAAUACCUGUGUUUUAGCUAAUGUAGCAUAUGUAAUUGCUAAGUGAUUUAAAAUGUCAUGAAAAUACAAACAUUUCCUGUGGAAAUGCUUUAAGAACAUGUAUUUCCAUUAUCCUAUUUUUAGUGUACACCAGUUGAAUACAGAGCAAUGCUGUGUAUAAGCUUGAUUUUUUUUUUUUUUAAAUAAACUUAUCUGGUCGGUGAGACUGUUACGCUCAACAUGUUUACUGAAAGAUCACUAAACUUUAUCUUCCCUCUCGAUGUUCUUUGUAGUAAUAGUUCAUAAAAAUUUGUUUAUUAAUAUU